CCUUCGACCGACUAACAAUGACUCGAAAGAAGAGGGCGACUGCCUUGAGCAAGGGCCGCAAAGAUCAUGGGCAGGCAUCUAAAGGAGCGACGGCGACUUGCUUGGACACGCUACAUCGCUGCGAACAGGGCCCGACAUUCUCAAGUGUCUUGCCAUCUUCGAGUCGGCAUCCUCGACAACGAGAAAAGGCGAGGGCGACAACAUUGAAGCGAUGGAACACAAAGGAGGCCGCCCACAGUCGCCGCGUCCCUCCCUCCCUUCUGUCGCUCGACGUGCAGGACCAGGCAGCGAGCAGCCAACAUCCAACACAGCAGUGGCAAGGAAAUACCCAGCAGCGAUCUCUCCGACAUUGGUCCUCUGUCUUCGAGCAACGGUCGAGAAAGAAAAGGACAGCCCGCCGUCGAUAUCCCCAUGUCUCAAGCCUAGCUCGAUCUUGUCGCUGCCCUGGCCCGUCGUCCAUCCGCUAGGCCUACCUUUGGGCGACCGUCUGCGCCAGGAAUGGGUUGUGGGGUCGGACCCGCAAGAGUGCAUCGCCAAGACGUCCUCAGUCCUGGGUCGUCUUCCUCGUCCUCCUUCGACCGUCACGCCCGAUACCUCCAACGACUGGCUCCUGCGCCCUUCCAGCAGUGUGGACAUUGGACAUUGUUCUCUGCGUGGACAUCCGAGGUGGCAGACAAGACCGAGGCCAUCGACAACGACAGCAAAGCAGCGUCACUGGAACUCAGCCGCGCGCAUGUACUGCAUCCGCCUACUCACCGUCGUUGGCGUUGGCCUCUGUAGCCUGCGGUGAGUAGGACGGGUGGACCCAAGGAUGUGAGUUCCACUUUCCUCACGAAUCUCGCGAUGAGUCCGAGGUGCAGAGCCUCGGAUGGCAGCACGAGGAGGACAAGGAACAGCGAAGGGUUCUGU